CAUCUUGCGACUGUGUGUUCCAUAGAGAUAGAUAAGGGGAAAACAGCUUUAAGAUGAGUCCCAUGAUGCAUUAGGGUGAGUUCUAAGAAUGGCGCCACAGGUGGAACAGGAGCUACAACUAGAAUCACCUCUGCCUGUGGUCUCCAACGUGAACCUGAGACCAACGAGGACAGUAGAACCAGAAACUCAAUAAGUCCUGAGGACCAACAAACUUCAAAUCUCCUCCAGAGUGGCCGAUGCAUAACAAAAAAAUUCAUGGCUGAACUUCCGCGUUCGUGUCUUAUCCGUUAAGGGUUUCCACAUCACAUCCCGGACUCCCAUCCUUGGCCUUUUUUCAAGUAGAAAAUAGGUGAAGAAUGAAGGAUGUUCCAAAGAAUGUAAUGCGGAAACCUUUAAUAAAUUCGGGUCAAUAGGGACCGAUGGAGCGUGUCAGAGCGAAGAGUUGAAAUGAACCACCACGCAUCUGCUUAGCACUCGUUACAAAAUUGAAGUUUUAUGAAGAACCAAACAUCAUAGGGUAUUUUGAUUCCGUCCAUCUCUGCGGUAAGGUAUUUGAAGGAAGCGGUAUUUGAAGGAAGCACUAAGCAGUGGAUGGAAACUUUGUUGAAAAUGAAUCAGUAGAAGAGCUAGUGGUAAUGUUCACAGAUCUCAAGGGGGCAGGAAAGGAUACUGGUGAACAGCCUUCGCGUUUUGGUUCUCCUCAACCUGUAGCCAAACAAUUGCCGGAAUACACUUUUACUUUACAUACGUGGUAAGAAAAUUCUUAACUGAUUACAAACUACAUGUACAAGUACAGUGAGUGUGAUUGUGAAAAGUCAUAGAUAACGACAACAAGGCUCAAUCACGUACUGAAGGUAAAAUCAUGAACAUGAACGAUGCUGAUGUAAAGGUGCAGCCUGUAAUUCCAAGAGCAACUCGUCAUGCAAGAUGUUGACGGUGGCUAAUGCACAGUGAAAAAAAGCACCAUUUUCAUCGUUG